AAUAAGCGGCAAAAUUGAGAACGAAGGAGAAUCAGCCAGGAUGUCGGGUGAUCAGAAAACCCUCAUCAAGGGCAACCCAUCACAGUACGUAAAAUUGAAUGUAGGAGGAUCCCUACACUAUACAACAAUCGGAACGCUUUGUAAGCAGGAUACUAUGCUCCGGGCUAUGUUUAGCGGUCGAAUGGAAGUGCUAACCGAUUCAGAAGGUUGGAUACUCAUUGAUCGCUGUGGGUCACACUUCGGAACAAUUCUCAAUUUUUUGAGAGAUGGAAGCGUAGCGCUCCCUGAGACUACUAAAGGAAUAGCGGAGUUACUAGCUGAAUCUAAGUAUUAUUGCAUUGAAGAAUUGGUUGAGGCUUGUGAAAAAGUGCUUGCCAAAAAGGAGCGUGAUUCCCGAGAGUCUGAGCCGAUUUGUCGUGUACCAUUAAUCACGUCCCAGAAAGAAGAACAAUAUCUGAUAACAACAGCGACGAAGCCUGUGGUGAAGUUACUGAUUAAUCGUCAUAACAAUAAAUACAGCUACACGAAUACGUCAGAUGAUAAUCUGCUGAAGAACAUCGAAUUGUUCGAUAAAUUAUCAUUGCGUUUUAGCGGACGUGUGUUUUUCAUCAAGGACGUAAUCGGAUCAAGCGAAAUAUGUUGCUGGUCGUUUUACGGAAACAGCAAAAAAGUGGCUGAGGUAUGCUGCACUUCAAUAGUAUACGCCACCGAUAAAAAGCACACCAAAGUGGAGUUUCCCGAAGCACGCAUUUUUGAAGAAACACUCAACAUAUUACUAUACGAGAAUAAGAACGCUCCUGAUCAGGAGCUUAUGCAAGCAACUUCGCUGCGAGGUGCGGUUGGUGGCAUCUCGUCGUACACUAGUGACGAGGAAGAGGAACGUACCGGAUUAGCCAGGCUACGUUCCAACAAACAAAACAAUCCCACAUGAUUGACGAAUGCUGAAGGAAACAUUGUUGCCAAAGAUAUAUUGAAGCAGUAUUUAUUUCUGCGAAGAAGCAAACUGCGUGCAACAGAUACUAUAAAUAUCAAUUGAACAUAAUUAAUGAUUUCAAUAAAUAUGGUUUGGUUUGUUUUCGUUAAGAAAUGCAAA